AUGUCCGCUGCACCUCGGAGGAGACUGGCCUGUGGCCCAUGCACCCGGCGCAAGGUCAAGUGUGACAAACAGAUCCCAUGCCAGAAUUGUGUGAGGAGACGGACUCUAGCAGAAUGUGAACGCGACGAUCCCGACCAUGAGCAAGGACAUGGGCGCAGCAGCAUAACCAGUAUUGGGUCCCAGCCCGAUGCGGCAUCCGCUGUUGGUGCUCUUCGUGCUCGAGUCGCUGAACUCGAGGCUGCCUUGCAAGAGAGAAUUACAGAGGCUCAUGUGGCACAAUGUCCGACGACACCAGCAACAGAGCAGGCCGAGGGCAGGGAUGGGGCACAGCCGAGGUCGUCGUCGCCCAGUCAGGGGUCAGACAUCGAAGAUGCCGUCACCGUCCUGGAGUUCCUGGCCUGGGGCCGCAUGAAGGAUCCCGACAAUGCGAUGCUGUCGCCCGAAGCGCUCCGGGUAUCUGAGCACGACGACGGUGGCAUUGGCGUCAGUCCGGCCGAGGAGCUCGACUGCGCCCUCGACUCGGGCGUACAUCUCCUGUCAUGGUUGCAGAUCCUACUCCCGUCCCGACGCCAGGUGUACCAGCUGGUCGACUACCACAGUGACUGUAUGCUGUGGUUCCACGGCUCGUACUUUGUGCCGACCUUCUCCCAGGAACUCGCCGCGUUCUACACCGACCACGGCGGGAAAUUCGACUCCAAAGGACUCACGCUGCAAUGGGUGGCCCUGCUGUUCUCGAUCAUGGCUGGGACAAUCACCUCGGCCCCGGCGCACGAGGCGAGAAAAUGGGGAUUCGACGAGAGUGAGGCACGGCUGUUGUCUCAGAAAUGGUACAAGGCGGUGGUUGUCGCGUUGAACGCCGCCAACUACAGCGCUCAUCAUUCCUUACACGCCGUCCAGGCCAUCACAACCCUGACCAACACCGCACACAUGCUGGGCCACUCGAACGCUCAAUCCGUCAUGCUGGCGUCCGCUGUCCGCAUCGCACAGAGUCUUGGUCUGCACAGACUGGACGACGACGCUCCUGGCGGCGCCGUUGAGCUGGAAACAGGCCGGCGCGUGUGGCAGGAACUGUGUACGCAGGACUGGUUCAGCACGGCAUUCUCCGAGUCGUACUCGAUCAACCCGCUGCACUCGACGUCUCUCCCGCCGCAAAACUGCGACGACGACUUGAACGUCCUGGACGAGUCCGAGCCCACCGUCACCAGCUUCUGUCGAUUCCUGUCCAAGAUCGCGGCCAUCAUGCCGGCGCUACAGGACGCCAUGGCCCUGUCCAACACACUCUACACCAAGCACGAGGCCGUUCUGGUGCACGACAAAAAGAUGCGGUCCCUGGCCACGGGACGGCCCUCGUUCCUCGCAAACACGGCCGUUGACACCACGUGGCCGUGCUACAUUCCCUGGGCGCGCCGAGCCAUUGCGAUGAGUUCUGCGCACAAGAUUAUCAUGAUUCACAGGAAACUUCUCGGCCUGAGUUUCACCAACCCCGUCUUCGGAUUCACGCGGCGAACCUGCCUGGCGGCCUCCAAGACGAUCCUGAAGGAGUACCUGGCCAGCAGCCGGGACGAGUCCAGCCCGAUGCUCUGGACGCACCAGGCCUUUGCCGUCGCCGCCUGCAUCGUCAUCUGCUUCGACACCCUGCACUCGCCGUACCCGGCGCAGGACGAAUCCCAACUCAUCGACCAGACCCUCGAGCACCUGCAGCUGUGCCAGCAAAAGAGCAUGAUUGCCGCGCGAGGCGUCAAGGUCCUCAACGCCCUUCGCAGGCAGAUUGAGGACCGGGCCGCCGUCGCCGUCACCGUUGUCGAGAGUAGUCGAAAGAGAGCGGUUGUGUCUAGUGAUGCCCUCGUCGGGGACAGCAGGACUCGGAGAAAACGUCGUCGAGGGUUCGACGCGGCAGAGUUUGCCCGGUCGUUCUCCGAUGGGCGGGAUCGUCCUCAGCAGACCUUAAGUCAGGGCCGUACGGAGCGUCAAAGUCAAAGUUCUGCGGCAGAGACGGACCUUAUGCUGCAGCAGCAGCAGCAUCAGACAGGGGAAGACCUGGCUCAGGCUCAAAGCCUCGGCGUGGACGAACCGCUGACUGUGCCUGCGGAUAUGAAUUGGUUGUGGAAUAUGCCUCUAUCAGACGAGGAUGGUACGCAAACAUUUGACAACUUGAUGUCUUUUGCAAAUCAAGGUCGUGCAUUCUAG